CCCAGUCCUGAGCACCCCGCCAUGGCCGGCGCCCCCUGGCCGCUCCGCCUGGCGCUGCUGCUGCUCGGGGCGGUGGGCAGGGCCGGCCCCCGCCCCCAGGGUGCCACUGUGUCCCUCUCAGAGACAGUGCAGAAAUGGCGAGAAUACCGGCGCCAGUGCCAGCGCUUCCUGAGUGAGGCUCCGCUCCCAGCCACAGGACUGUUCUGCAACCGGACCUUUGACGACUAUGCCUGCUGGCCAGAUGGGCCACCGGGCUCCUUCGUGAAUGUCAGCUGCCCCUGGUACCUGCCCUGGGCCAGCAGCGUGCUGCAGGGUCAUGUGUACCGGUUCUGCACCGCUGAUGGCCUGUGGCUGCACAAGGACAACUCUAGCCGGCCCUGGAGGGACCUGUCCGAGUGCGAGGAGUCCAAGCGAGGGGACCGAAGCUCUCCGGAGGAGCAUCUUCUGUCCCUUUACGUCAUCUACACAGUGGGCUACGCGCUCUCCUUCUCCGCGCUGGUCAUCGCCUCGGCCAUCCUCCUGGGCUUCAGACACCUGCACUGUACCCGGAACUACAUCCACCUGAACCUGUUUGCCUCCUUCAUCCUCCGAGCAUUGUCCGUCUUCAUCAAGGACGCAGCCCUCAAGUGGAUGUACAGCACGGCCGCCCAGCAGCACCAGUGGGAUGGUCUCCUCUCCUACCAGGACUCUCUGGGCUGCCGCCUGGUCUUCCUGCUCAUGCAGUACUGCGUGGCCGCCAAUUACUUCUGGCUGCUGGUGGAGGGCGUGUACCUGUACACGCUGCUGGCCCUGUCCGUCUUCUCCGAGCAGCGAGUCUUCAGGCUCUACCUGAGCAUAGGCUGGGGUGUCCCCCUGCUGUUUGUUAUCCCCUGGGGCAUUGUCAAGUACCUCUACGAGGAUGAGGGCUGCUGGACCAGGAACUCAAACAUGAACUACUGGCUCAUCAUCCGGCUGCCCAUUCUCUUCGCCAUCGGGGUGAACUUCCUCAUCUUUGUCCGGGUCAUCUGCAUUGUGGUGUCUAAACUGAAGGCCAAUCUCAUGUGCAAGACGGACACCAAGUGCAGGCUUGCCAAGUCCACGCUGACGCUUAUCCCCCUGCUGGGGACCCAUGAGGUCAUCUUUGCCUUUGUGAUGGAUGAGCACGCCCGGGGGACGCUGCGCUUCGUCAAGCUGUUCACAGAGCUCUCCUUCACCUCCUUCCAGGGGCUGAUGGUGGCCAUCCUGUACUGCUUCGUCAACAAUGAGGUCCAGAUGGAGUUUCGUAAGAGCUGGGAGCGUUGGCGGCUUGAGCACCUGCACACCCAGAGGGACAGCAGCAUGAAGCCCUUCAAGUGUCCCACCAGCAGCCUGAGCUGCGGGGGCACUGUGGGGAGCAGUGUGUAUGCAGCCUCCUGCCAGGCCUCCUGCAGCUGACUCGACGUGAUCUCCCUGGUGGCCAUCCCAGGUGGGAGAGACUGUCCCCGGGGACCGGGGUGGGGUGAGGGAGUGACACAGGUGCGCAUGUGCGCGCGCGCGCGCGCGCACACACACACACACACACACACACACACACACACACACACACACACACACACACUUCCACGCUUUCCCUUCCCAAACCCAUCAGACAGGCAAAUGGGCAGUGCCUCCUGGGACCCGUGGACACAUUUUCUCCGAGGAGAAGCAGCCUGUUAAUUUGAUCACUGCGGCGGGAGGAGAGGAAAAAACAAUUGCUGCUAAAACAAGGAGGAUUUCUUCUUGUUAAGCCACAAGGCCCCUGGGGUUCCCCCAGACAGCAGCAGAUCAGCCCCAGACUCAAACUCAAGGUCAAUGGCUUAUUAGUGGGAUUGGGGCUUGCAAGAGGACGUGGUUCUGAAAGAGGCGGAUAUAACCUCAGCUGAACACAGAGCUUGGGUAACGCGAGCCACCUCCAGUCGGGGUCACCACCCCCAUCUGCUGCCUCAUUAAGGGACACUGGACACAUGUCAGUGUUGCUUGUUUCCCUCAUCUACCACGCGCCCCCCCCCCCAAUAUCACCACCUAGUUUCUCUUUAGGAUGCUUUGUUUGGGCCACUCCUGGCAGCAAUUUCUAGAAAUGGCUGUGGGUGGUGUUGAGGAUGAACACUGAGAAGGUACCCAAAGGUUUCCUUUUCUGGUCCCCUCUUCUCCCCUGGGUGUUUGAGUUGCUUUAUUGCUGGCCCACUGCCAAGGGGUCCAGCCCUUGGUAUGCGCUCUGAAUUCUAUUCUAGAGAUGCACAAGAAUGUGCUGGGGUUCAUCUGGGGGACUUGAGGAAGGUCCACACUGGAGUUGUAGAUUACCUGCUACUGUUGGGAACCCAGAGGGCCGAGAGAGGCUGCCUCCACCUCUCCAUAGAAAUACUUUCUAUUUGUGACCAGAUUAUGUACCCUGCAUGGGUUUGGGUGUGCCCUCUAACUUUAGGUCAUGUGACUGAGAAGAACCUCUCCUGGGGAAACCACUGGUCCCUACUGUUACCAUGGAGACAGGCUUCCCCUGCCCUUCGUUUCUUCCCUUCAAAUUCCCCCACUUGGGAGCUUGUAUAUACUUUAUUCACUUUUUUCUAUUGCUGUGAAUAGUCUAUACUGCCAAUGUGCAGUUCUGAUUUCUCCCACCUGAUGGAAACAAGAUCACUGUGGUGGUUGUGAUGUGGUUUGGGGGAGUGGGGUAGUUAUUAAUGUGAUCCAUCCAUGCUUAGAGGUAUUUAAUGUUUGCCCUGCCUCCAGUCUCAUCCCAUAAAUAAUGAGUGGCAGAGAGGCUAGAACUGGGAAAACCUAUCAAUCCUGCCCCAUGCUUGGUGAAAAGGCAUGUACCACCAAUGCAGAGACCUAGACAAAAGGGAAACAGCCAUUCCACAGAGGCUGGCAGUUGAGUUCACGGAUGUGAAAGAAGUUUCCAGAGCAGAAGAGAACUCUUGGGAGUCUAGGCCUCCUGGGAGGGCAGAGGGAGUGUUCGGAUGAAUUCGUUUAUGAAUUGAUCUUUCCCUCCUCCUUUAUGAGUGAUGGGGUACCCUCCCCCAAAGUCUUGUACCAGACAUAUUCCUCCUCUGCCCCUCAGAGAGGAUUGUGAUGUGCGGGGAAAAUAAUAAUGGGACAUAAAACACAUCAAGCAGAAAAUUUCUUAGACUUCAGUGUCAGUGAAGUGUUGUGUCUAUGUUAAUAGGGAAGUUGAACCUCAAGCUAAAGAAAGAAAUUGUGCAGACUGCCUCCUUGCCUGAGAAAGUGUAGGGAGGUUGGGGGGGGGGGACAUUCCUGCCUCCCCAGAAUAAGGGCAAACUUCCCAAUAGGCAUCAUGCAUGUGGUUUCUUUUUUGGAGUGGGUUGGGGGCAAGUGCUGGUAGACUGAUUGGUGGGAUAAAGCUCUGGUGCGAGUGUUUCCAUUUUGGAUAAACCAAGAUUUUUGAGAUUCAUUAAUACACUAGCAACAAAGGAAGAGUCAGAUUGAUAUUAUCUUCAAGAAAUAAAUUGUUGAGGGGAAGAACUGUGGGGAGAAAGUGUUUAGUUAGGCACUUGGGAAGCUCAGACAGUUUGGUUUACACUUUAAGCAGAGUUCUUUUCCCAACUAGCACUCCUGAUUCCUGAUUUCAGAAUGCUCAUCACACCCCCAUACCCCAAGCCUUUUAAUACUGAGGAACUUUUUCCUUCUCAGAUACAUACCAGAUGCUGAAUUGAAGAAAUAUUUUCUUUGCUCCACGACCCACACUAUUAAUAUUCAUUUGAGUGGCAGUGCACUCCGUCCAAAGCUAUUCCCAAACUCUCCUAAGCUAAAUAUAGUUCUAACAGAUCUGGGAACUAUCGAAUGCAAUGUACUCCGAAAUUCCACCAGCUGUUUACAUGCCUGAUGCCCUAAGUCUGGAGCUUGCUGAGAACACUCUUGCCUGCCUCUGUCCUGGAGGUACUAUCGCUCACCAGCAGGGUUAGGUGCUGUGUGUGUGAGUUGUACAGCCAGGUCUGAUGACUGUCAUGAACAGAAGCUGAGUUCAGCACUCUGGCCAGCUCCCCCCGAACUUGUGAGGGGCUUAAAUCAUGACAACUCAUCUUUUCACUUGAAUCUUUGGAGUAGCUAAAUCACAGAACUGAAACAAACCUCUUACAUUGCAAAGCUGCCUUCCCUUUAAAACAACUUUCCAGAUUGCAGGCAUGAUUUGCUUAUUGCCUCAAUGCAAUUUAUGCGGUGGAGUUCUCAGAGACUCAGAGCAGGGAAAGACCUUGGAGAUCUCUCUGCCCUGAUCUAGAGACUUGAGGAGGGAAGCUUGCAGAGGUGAUUUGCCCAAGGUCACAGUGCUAGAUGAUGGCUGAAAUGGGCUAGGACCCUGGCCAACUCCCACCUCCCAGUCCAGUGAAGCCUCUGGAAAGGACAGAUGAAAAACAUAAAUGGCCAUUCAGGAUAUGCUAAGUGAAAGUUGGCAGUGUUAUCUGGAGUUUCUGUUAAAGAGAAACACAGCAGCAAAAAUAGACACAUCGGAUGGUACAGGUGCCACCUCCUCAAUGAUUUAUACUGGCGAGAUGAAGAGGGGGGCAUGCUCUACUACCUACUGUAGUACCACAUUCAUCCUUGUCUUUAAGAAAUGGAAUGUAUCAGAGCACGUGAAUACACAGAAACAGCAAGCGAGCCAUUUCGGACAGCAGGUCCAGUCUCUUUUAGUGGGUUGGCUUAACGUUUCUCUGAUGCAGCUGUGCUUGUUUAAGAAGUUGUACUGAUAGCCACACAGAGUGGAGUAAAAGAACCUAGAAAACCUGACCCUCCGUUUUGCCUCUCUAGCACGCUCUGAAGUUGGAGAAGACUAGCAAACUGGGCAACUUCAGCCUAGCAAAGAUGGCACAGCCACCACUGAGGGCAGACAGAGUCAGUUCACAUCCACGUCCCAAAAGGCUUGGUCACCUCAUCGGUGUGGGCCAUGUUUCAGCAGCUCCUGUCCCCAUUCCCUCCUCCAUCUCUUUCUUCUCUAGAAGCAGAGAACACUCUGUGUGUGUGUGUGGUGUGUUUGUCCUAUGCGUAGCAGCAUAAAGUUAGGAGAUGAUGAAUCUGAAAGCAUCCCACCCACUGUGAAGGUCAGGGGACCGCACAGCCCAGGGUGAGGAUGGGUGGGAGCCUGAGCGAUAGAUGCUUCCUCUCCAUGCGCAGACAGGGCUCCCAUUAUAGCUAAUGCCUGCGACGUGCUCAGGGAAGGCAAAAUAUACUCCAAAGGUUUAUUUUCCCUCCACUGAAUUGAUUCUAAUCUACCAUGCUGACCCUGCUUUUGGCUCCUACGAGGAGCCAAACGCUAUAAAAACUCGCAAAUAAAAUAUGUCAGCUUACUCUGCUAAGACAGCUAUGUGAAUGUCAUGAUAAAUAUUCAACAGAAACCAAAUUAGUAUCAACCUUUUUUUUUUUCCUUUCCAUGGCUGAAAUGAGUCUUCUUGAGGGGGGAAAAUGGCACAAUGUGGGACACUUCUGCAGGCAACACCACCAUGCCCUACAGUGUUACCUGCCAGCUCAAACCAGCUCUCUGGCCCCACGCCCAGGGCCAAAUCUGGAAGCGUUGUUAAGCAGUAUAAUUUCAAACACUUAAUGCCACACUGUGUCCACGGUAUCUGUAAUUACUCCUGCUCUGUUGGUGGACACAGAUAAGCAAACCUGUUUUCCAAUGAACUCCCCGAAGUCCCUUGGACUUCACCUACAUCUGAAUGUAUCAGAGCAGAGUUUUCUCUUCCCCUUCUGCCACUUGAGCCAGUUUUUCAGGACCCCAUCUGGCAGCGGGCCUUUUCCCCUUGAUGCAUCCAGCCUCCUCCCUAGUCCCACGUGUACCCACCCCCCAUCCCUGCAGGGAGCAUCCUGCACUUCUCCCCCUGCCGCCUCAGUAAGAGGUGACCCUUCUAGUUGUGCUGGGAGUGCCGUUCUCUCAGCCGUGACCAAUUUAGGGGUGCAGCUGGCAGUGAUGUACCAAGUACCACACUCUGGCACGGGAGGAGUGCUGCAGCCAGCAGCUUGGAUCCUAACUUACACUGGGGUUAUGCAACCUUUCUAACCAGGCCUGUCAAAACCAUCAGUAAUUAGUCAACCCGGACAAUCUAGCAUGACUAAUUAUCUCUAUGUCAAGCAACCUGGGAGAAGAAAAACGUAUAUAAAUGAGAAUGUUUGGAAGUGGUGGAAAAAGAGCUCCCAGCAAAGUUUGGAACAUAUAACAAGUUAGGUUCUAGGCUUCUCUGCAGGGGAGCCAGUGGGGUCAGGAAGGGGCAAAGUUCAAAGCAGACAGGGCCGGAUCUUGCCAAAAGUUCAUGCUUUACUUCCAAAUCUACAGUUCUUCUAAGCUCCUCCUCCUCCCACUAAAAAUAAUCACACCCUCAACACAGAUAAACCUCAAUAUUAGCUUUGGAGGGGGUUUGAUGCAGAGCUUAGAAGCACCAAGAGAGAGGUGAGCUGAGCUUCUUUGAGGGGCAAAGCUGAAUUUCUCUCUUCAGUGCACUCGGGGGAUGUUUGUGCUUCAUGAAUGUUUAAACAAGAUAAUUUUCAUGUGAUUUCUUAAUGUAUAAAUUCAUGUAAAAUAUGACCUACGUCAACAGGUAGCCAACGUGCAUGGUGUAUAUAAUUCCUUGUACAGAUGUGAAUGGAUUAAGGCUCCUUCCUAAUUUGCCUUGUAAGUUAAAUAAAGCCUGUCCUUACUGUGUCUCUCA